AUGGCGUCCCCGAUCUUCCUUUCUCGGCCUCAUUCAGGAUUUUCAUGGAACGCGUUCGAAGUGGGUCUAAGGCUUGCUGUAUGGUCAUUGCACCGUUUCGCAAGCAGCUUUACUGAUUUCUGUAGCAGAGAGCGCCACGCCCUAUUGAAAGUGUGCGCGCUGACACUUGCAACAAGGUUAGUUGUAUUCUCUCUGCGGCAGGUGAUGGAUCACUUUCCACUCAUGUCACUCGCGGCCGACUCCAUGGAUCUCCUUCUUGCCUGCUACGGACUGUCGCGUUUCGCGUACCCUGAGUUCAAAAGAGCAUUCUGGUCAAGUUUUCACUCGAAUUUCAAUGAUUUUGAGAACAAAAAGCUUCAUUCAGAGCCAGGGCCCAGUCUUUACUGCAUGCUGUUUUCUUUAUUCAGAAGCAAUUUUAUGUGGCUCAUAAGUCUCCUUCUACUGUCUGAUUUUAUGGUUACGUCCGCGCAAGUGGGAAAGCCGGAAGCUUUAACGGCUGUGUCGAAAACUGUCAUAAGCAUUAUGCUUUUAACGCUCUGGACUUCCCAUAUGUCGCCUGCUUUGGGUUCUCUUGCGUCGCUGGCGGUUGGCGGAGCCCUGACAGCAUCUCUAGCCCCCUUUUCAAAUUUGGCGCUUCUUUUGCGCUUAUGGCAGCUCCAGUUUUUAGUCGAGUACCUAAUGGUUCCUUACGUGUCGCAGGCCCGAUUUUCGCCUACCGAGUAUGCGAUGUGGCUCAAGGUGCGGGGCGGGGUGAUAUGCGGCUUUUCAACAUUCGUUUACGUUCUCCUGUCACUAUGCGGACCUAACCUAAUGUCACCUCUGCUUGUCUACAUCCUCGCCCCUCUUUUCGCGAAUCUUAUGUCGAAAAUUGCCGAGCCUGUACCCGCGAACAUCAUUUUCGGAACCAAGGCUUAUUCAAGAUGGUGUGCUAGGCAGAUCUUGUGGAUAGAGCGUAAGCGUUGCCUGCAGGCACGGUAG